UUUAAGAUUAGAUAUUUCAAUCUAGGCGUGUUUCCUGCUACCAUUGACUGAAACCGAGAGCUGGCAGGCUGUAGGGGGGAAAGGCAUAUCCAAGAGCUUUACAUAUUCCUGGACACACUGGCGAUUCUUUCUUAUUUUUCUUUUUCUUUAAAUGAAGGCUGUUGAACCAGCAGUGCAGUCACAGUCUAACAGCCUGUUUGUGAAGACCCAGCAGCUGCUCGCCCGUAAAACCAUUUAUGAUUUAUCGAGAUGACAUGAAUGUCAGUCGGUCAAGGUCCGCUCUUCCGAUUGAAAAGCUGGAUUUUCAGGUUUCUGGUGGGAAUCAUCUGCUGCACGCAUUUGGAUGAAUUUCUCCUGAUUUCCAGAGGUGCCCGGACCGUGAAGGGAUUGAGGUUGUUUGAGCGGAGAGGGAGGCUCACUGUGGGAAUGACAUGCUGCAGUAAAGACGGGAAAUAAUAUGGAUUAGAAAACGCCGAUGAUGUGACUGCGACACUUUGAAUGGUCAGAAAAUGCUUCCCAGCCGCCACUUAGCGCACAAGUCUUUAAUAUCACUCAUUAACUGGACUGUUUUUGACUAAAUAGUAUUUUGGGAAGGGGCUACAUGUGCGCAGAUCCCCUCCCGAGCCAUCGGCGUAUUGUCUGAAUCCCUUUGCAGUAUAAAUACUUGUAUUGACCCAAAGAAGCGCACACUGCUGAUCUGAGAAGAGGACACCAUGUCGGCGGUGAUGAUAACACGAAAGGUGCGAAAAUGGGAGAAGCUCCCGGGGAAAAACACUUUCUGCUGCGACGGACGGGUGAUGAUGGCCCGGCAGAAGGGCGUCUUCUACCUGACCCUCUUCCUCAUCACCGGGACCUGCGCCCUCUUCUUCGCUUUCGAAUGUCCGUACCUGGCUGUUCAUCUUUGUCCCGCCAUCCCAGUUUUUGCUGUCCUGCUGUUCCUUUUCGUUAUGGCCAUGCUGUUGAGGACCAGCUUCAGUGACCCCGGGGUGCUGCCGAGGGCCCUUCCGGAAGAGGCUACAUUCAUUGAGAUGGAAAUUGAGGCUGCCAAUGGGAACGUCCCCGCAGGGCAGCGACCCCCGCCCCGAAUCCGCAACGUUCAGAUCAAUAAUCAGAUCGUCAAGCUCAAGUACUGCUACACGUGCAAGAUCUUCCGACCACCUCGAGCGUCCCACUGCAGCAUCUGCGACAACUGCGUCGACCGUUUUGAUCACCACUGUCCAUGGGUGGGCAACUGCGUGGGCAAGAGAAACUACAGAUACUUCUACCUGUUCACCCUGUCACUCUCCCUGCUCACCAUUUAUAUCUUCACCUUUGACAUCGUCCACGUGGUCAUGCGCUCAAUGAAUGGUGGCUUUUUGAACACUUUGAAGGAAACACCUGGAACUGUGCUGGAGGUGCUGGUGUGUUUCUUCACCCUGUGGUCAGUGGUGGGACUGACUGGCUUCCAUACCUACCUGAUCUCUCUCAACCAGACCACCAACGAGGAUAUUAAAGGAUCCUGGUCGGGAAAGAACAGAGGCCAGAACCCUUACAGCCACAAGAACAUCAUCAAAAACUGCUGUGAGGUGCUGUGUGGCCCGACAUACCCGAGCGUCUUGGACAGAAGAGGACUACUGCAGGAGGAUACACUCAUUUCCUCCAGCAACCCCGUGCCACAAACUACGAAAACCACAGCUCCGCUCAUCCCCAACGAGCACACACCUGAUGAUGCCAAGCCGAGCAUUGCUGCCUCUGCGGAGAAGAACGCCUCCCCGAAAGAGGAGCACCCUGCAGCUACGAAAGUCCCACCCCUGGCUUCACCUGAGACUGAUGCAGAGACUUCCAUCGCCAAGGAAAGGGCCCAUUAGCUGCAUUAGAGGGCGGCUCUCAUCGGGGCUGCUCCUCCAGCAUCCUGCCUGGUCAGGAACUGAAGCAUUAAUAAUCAAUGUCUGACUACUGUGAGGAGGACUCAGUUAUUCUCCGACUCCUGCCCAUCAAUCCCUCAGAAGAGCGGAGAUUUUGCUGCAGCUCCUCCUCUUCCCUGCUUUUUCUCAUUGGUAGCUGCAGAGGAGUUUGAUUGACAUUCACUCCUGCAGGAGAAGUAAUUAAAUGGAAAGUCAGCAGCUUCCCGUCUCCUGAACACUGCAUGGAAAAAAAAAAAAACGCAUAGGGGGGAAAAAGCUGCUGGGGUGCCGCAGAAAAGACACUCCCCAAGCUCUCGACAGCCCCUCAGUUCGCCCGUGGGCUUCCUCUGACUGUCAGUACUCAAAUAUGUUUAUAUUUAAAAUAGCGUAAUGACAUUUAUUAUAAGAGGCCAGUUCAAAUAUCCUUGCAAGUCUCUGGCAAAAACAGAAGCUAUCACUUCUGGACAUGUGUACAACUUCAUACAUACAGUCGGUUUAUGUUGUGCAUACAUUACACGCCCUAUGCAAACCACAAGAAGGCUGGAGAAGCAGCUUUGAGAAGAGUGUGGUGAUAAAGGGUUUCACCUUUCAGUCGGAGCUCCUGAUGUCCAGGCAGCAGGAGAACGUGUGAAUCCUUAGCUGAGAAAUUCAUUUAAGGCUCCUUCCAGGCAAAGUCUACCUUGUACUCUGAUACUGCUGCAUUCAAGUACUGGUGUCACUGAUGUGCAUCUUUUCUUAACAAAGUGAUCUCAUCCAGACCAACGCCUGUCCUUUCAUUUUUUACGUUAUUUUCUUUUUUAUCUAAUCAAGGAUGUAGUGUGCCAUCGGCGCUCUGAAACAGAUGACACUGAGUCACGCACAUUUAAAGUCUCAUAUGUGAGAAAAGGCCUGAUGAGCGUAGAGACACUCGUAGUACCAGUGCCUUAAUGUAACGGUUGCAUCCAUCUGUAGCAGCUGAGGUUCACCAACAGAGGAGCCCUUCAAAUCAUUAAUCCAGUGCUAACCUGUGGAGGUGAUAUAAAGGAAAAAGCAUGAAUCUUCUACUUAACACUACAAUUUUUAUGUUGUUGACAAACUGUGAAUUUUCCAAAUCUGAGAAGGAAUAAUCACUAUUUAGCUGAAAGGAUCACAGAGACCUGUGGUGAGUUUAUGUUGCUGCGUUUUAAAAUAUCGCAGGUCACUGAAAAAGAGCUUGUGAGAAAUAAACAACUAAGCAAAGCCAUCUUUUAACUGCAGGUUGCUUCAGCAGCGAUAGAUGUGCUGAAAACUCAGCUGCUGGGUGAGGAUGAAAGAACGAAGUGUGUAGCCAGAGUUAAUUAUUCAGCCUUUGAGCUCCUCCUGAUCUUCCUCCCAGUCCUCUCUCUUCCUGCCGUGUUCUGCCUCUGUAGAAAAGUCUCAUAUCUUACUCCUCUCCUCCUUUUACUUGCACAGUUUUUUUUGUACAGUACGCCCACGACCGGUGCAGCUUUCGCUGCAACCAGCUGUGUCAGGCUCAUUAUC